CUCGCUUUAACCCUCUCAGGCAUUUUCUUCCCCCUUCCCUCUAUCAUUCCAGUCUUUCUGUUCUAUUGAGACCCGAUGACUGGUCCCAGAUCCUUCGUGUCUGACGCCUAGCACCGAGCUAUACACGCUGACGCGGGGCUUUGGCCACCACAUUUUCCUCAAACGCGUUUUGUUUGCACGGGCAGCGGUUCCUAGCCCAUGACCGGGGCAACGCUCGGCCCAGCCAGAUGUACAAGGCAAGUAGUGGGUAGCUGCGAAAGUCUGAAGAGGUAUAUCUUAUAGAGCUCUGCAUCCUGGUUCCUGCAUUACUCUCUUCCAGUCUGCAGAUUCUUCGUCUUCUUUCCCCAAACUCGUUUGCAUUUCCCUGGAUCUUGUGCAAUCACGUCCCAAUAGCUUAUCGCCAGCCGUCUCUUGCGACCUCUUCUGCAGGGCUCUCAAACAAGAAAGCAAAUUCACCUCAAAAUCCAAAACCUCGAAACCAGCAGCACCCGAAAAGAUGGGCUCCACACCGGCGUUCAAGCACUUCUCCAAAGUCCAGUCCGAGUUCAAGCCUCCCUUGAUCGCCAAUGAGAACGCCUUCCUCGGCGACGUCGCCAGCAGUGAAUCCAUCGACCCCGAGAAGCCCAUCAGCUGUGGCAUCUACAGACUGGAGAAAGGCACUCCCCUCGUUUACACCUACACCUACCACGAGAUGAAGAUUAUUUUGGAGGGUGAAUUCGACAUCACUGAUGAGACUGGCCAAUCCGUUCACGCCGUUGCGGGCGACGUGUUUUACUUCCCCAAGGGCAGCGUCAUCACCUUCAAGACCAACACCUAUGGUCUGGCCUUCUACACCGGCCAGCGCAAGGAGGGUGCUGCAUAGAUGAAAACUCGACCAUAGCCAAAUAAAAAGCAAGAUCAACCGGGGAACUUUCGGGAUCUAAAUAAUUUUCAUGAUUGAGGAAACGC